GGCGGCGGAGGCAAUGUCUAUGGAAGCGUAUGUGGUGCUUUCGGUGAGAAAUUAUUAAAAGGAUCAAACCCGGGUCCUCCUUUAGGGAGUUUUCCCAGUACUUGGCAAAAAUGGUCAUCUAGCUUUGAUGCUCUCCUUAGCGACGGCGAUGGCGUUGCUCUCUUUAAAUCCUAUCUUGAAAGUGAGAACUGCGGCAACCUACUGGACUUUUGGUUCGCAUGUCAAGGGUUUCGAAAUAAAGUUGAUCCGUCGGACCGUAAGAAGAUUCUACAACUCAUCAAAGUUAUCUACCAAACCUACAUCCGGGGUAGUACAUGUUCGGCAUCCCAACAAUCUGCAGUUGCAUCACAGGCUGUUGGUGCGCCACUUCAGUUCUCACGCCACCGUACUUCCCAACAUCACGAGGCCGUUCGUUUGCGGCCUGAAACACGCAAGGCCAUUGCCGAACGCCUCUCUCACAAGAGUUCUCUCGACCAAACCAUCUUCGAUGAGGCCCAAAAUGAAAUUGGACACUUUUUGCGGCAUACUGCAUAUUCUGCCUUCCUGAACUCCGACGUCUAUCUUUCAUACAUCCAGGGUGCUGGCACAUACUCUCUCAACCCCUCACUCCGGACUCCGUCUCCGGAUACUCGGGCUAGUAGUGCUGGCCAUCAUCAGUACCACCACAUGUUUGAUUCCUUUGCUGCUUCUGGCUGUGGUCUGCCCACAGUUGACGAAGACCAGGAGCUGGUUUCUGAUAAGUUGUCUCCGGAUGUAAAAAGGACUGUCCUGCCCACCGCGCCAUUGCCGCAGACUUACGUUUACUCGCACCAACAAUCGUACCACUACUUUGGCGACCCAAACGCGCCACCGUUUACAGCGCAACCUCCGGCUGUCUCAUGUUUUUGUCUAGCGCAACAGCGCCCCUGGACCUCUCCACCAACAGCUGGCUAUUAUCCCUCUUCUCACGGUACGCUCUGCUGUACUCCGGCACCUGCGGCGCCGCUCACCCAGGAAAACAUCCAGAUUACUCGGUUUCAGAGGGCGGAAUUGCCCGUCCCUCAACACCUUUCCUCUUGUCCGCGUUGUCAUACACCCCUCCCGGUCAAUCAGAUACCUCCUAUGCCCCACACAGUUGGCCCCCAACAGUACUUCCUACCACCCCAGGCGAAGCAAUUGCAGCCAGUCACUGCAACCACGGUGCCUCCUGCUCCGCUUGCUGGCCCCCGGAAGUGGGUUGA